UGGGAGGCACACGUGUGAGAGGACACAGCGGGGGCUCAGUCACUGUGUGCAGCGCACGGGAGAAGACGGGCCUCAUUGAUGUCACAGUAAAGGGAGGUGCUUGGCAUUUGGAUUCACAUCGCCCUUUAAGUGAUCCCACGAGGUCUCCCUCCCCAUCUGUCAAAAUGCGGCUCCUCCGGGCCCUCAUGAGAAGUGCCCCCCUUACCAGCAGCAGCACCCCCACUCUGGUGGACUACUACUCCAAGUUCUCCCCAUCCCCCCUCUCCAUGAAGCAGUUCUUGGAUUUUGGAUCGGUAAACGCAUGUGAAAAGACAUCAUUUAUAUUUCUCCGUCAGGAAUUGCCCGUACGACUAGCUAAUAUAAUGAAAGAGAUUAAUUUGCUUCCUGAUAACCUCCUGAAGAUGCCUUCAAUCAAACUGGUGCAGAGCUGGUACGUUCAGAGCUUCCAGGAGAUAGUUGAUUUUAAAGACAAAAAUACAGACGCUCCUGACACAGUCCGGCACUUCACAGAUACCGUAAUAACGAUCCGAAAUCGUCACAAUGAUGUCAUCCCGACCAUGGCUCAGGGCGUUGUGGAGUAUAAAGACAGCUUCGGAGCCGACCCAGUAACAUCUCAAAACGUGCAGUACUUCUUAGAUCGUUUCUACAUGAGCCGUAUAUCCAUAAGGAUGCUUCUUAAUCAGCACACUCUGCUUUUUGGUGGAAAAGUGAAGGAGAACCCGGCGCAUCCGAAACACAUCGGCAGCAUAGACCCAGUGUGUGAUGUGAUAGAUGUGGUGAGAGAUGGGUAUGAGAAUGCAAAACAGCUGUGUGACUUGUAUUACAUGAGCUGUCCUGAACUAGAGCUUGCAGAAUUCAACGCACAGAAUCCAGGACAGCCGAUUCAGGUGGUGUAUGUCCCCUCUCAUCUGUACCAUAUGGUGUUUGAGCUCUUUAAGAAUGCAAUGCGUGCUACCAUGGAAUUCCAUGCAGACAGAGGCGUCUUGCCUUCCAUCAAAGUGAAAGUGUCUCUGGGAAGUGAAGACUUAACAGUCAAGCUCAGUGAUCGCGGGGGUGGAGUGCCGCUCCGGAAGAUCGAUAGACUGUUUAACUACAUGUAUUCGACAGCACCUCUUCCUAAAAUGGAGAACUCUCGUGCCACGCCACUGGCGGGGUUCGGCUAUGGCUUACCUAUAUCUAAACUCUAUGCGCAGUACUUCCAAGGAGAUCUGAAGUUGUAUUCAUUAGAAGGAUAUGGAACGGACGCUGUAAUAUAUAUUAAGGCUUUAUCUACAGAUUCAAUAGAGAGGCUCCCUGUGUAUAAUAAGUCAGCAUGGAAGCAUUAUAAAUCCAACCUGGAGGCCGACGAUUGGUGUGUGCCGAGCAGCGAACCUAAAGACAUGACCACUUUCCGCAGCAGCUGAACAGCUGUCGUUUUCGGCACAUCUUGGACCCGGCUUGUCACUCACAGUCUCAUUGUUCAGUUUGCACCCUUUUAUAUAUUAUUCAGCGCUUAUAAACCUGUGCAUUCUGUGAUGAAAUCUAUUGUAUGAGCUUACCCCUGCCUCCUGUGGCCAGUUAUACAGAAAACCGAUCAUAAUACGCGCAGCAGCGUAUAUGGCCGCUCAGGUGAGGAAGUUCUGACAUCGAGAUUUCACAUACAAAAAUAUAAUGUGAUAAAACUAUAUACAUACUCCUGUUUGAUAGGCUAAUAAAUAUAGUUUGGCUUAUUUUUGGAAAGCAGCACCAGAAUAUGAUUUCUCCUAAAUAAAAAAUCACAGUUAAAAGGGUUGUUCCACCUAAAUAGGGAUCUGUUCCAGCUGCUGAAUCCUCGAACAAAAACUUCCAUGCCUCCGCACCGCACCGCAGCUCCGGAUUGCGGACCCAUUCAAGUGAAUGGGUCCGCAUCCGUGAUGUGGGGAGCACAUGGCCGGCGCCCGAAUAUUGCGGGCCGCAAUAUGGCUACAGCCGGGCAAUGGCCGUGUGCAUUAAGCCUUACCCUGGAGGACUCAAAAUGCACCCAGAACUUCAUCUUCUGACAUACGGUAUAUAAUGCAGUAAAGUUGAAUGCUGUUAUUUAUUUUUUGUGUAACUGGAAAACCGCAUUUUAAGCAUUUUUUUUUUUUUAUUUUUUUUUAUUUAGGUGAAAUGCUCUUUCAUGAAAACCAGCAUUUCAAGUCAAAGCAAUCUGCAUAUUUUGUGUAUUCCUUCUCUAUUGCACUUCCCCCUUCAUUAUAUUGUUUUUCUGCUUGUAUUUUAGUAUCGGGUGUGCUGUGAGGCUAAACAAUAAAUGCUAUGGACACAUUUAGAGGCAUUUUUUUAAAAUUAUUGCUUAUCACUCAUUUUGGGCUAAAAACAUUUUAUUAAAACAUUUUUAGGUUUUUUUUUUCUUUUUUUUUUUCUUCUACAGCUUUCAGUUUCAGUGCAUUUGCAGGCUCUCGACGUCGCAUUGAAUCCAUCAGACAACUUUUUGUGAUUGGAAGCACACAGAUAAAUGCCGCAGAUUGCGUCUCAGGGAGCCUGCUAGUCUGCAGAGGCACUGAAACUGAAAGCUGUAGAAGAAAAAGACCCAUAGAAAAAAUGAUUUUUUUUGUCCAAAAUAAGUUAAAAUGCAAUAAUAAAAAAGAUUGCUCCAAAUGUGUCCAUUGACUUUAACCUUAGCAAUACUUUUUAUUUGGGGGGGGGGGGGUCACUUGGCACUUCCUCUAUUUUACUUUGUGGUGUCACAAGCCUGAAUUCUUUCUAGACUUGUUCUUGACUGGACACGUGUAAAAUGCCUUUUUGGAAAGAACUGGAUUUCUCUACAGAUAUUUUUGUGCUAUUUUGUAUAUAUUUUAUUUUCAGACAUACCAAGAGUGAAGAAUUAUGAUUGAGCGAAGCAAAAUGCUUCAUUUGAGCAGGACAAGGUGAGACUCAAUUUGAUUUAGAUUUUCCUUGCUACACUAUGGAGCCAGAGAGUUCACAGUGUCGUUUUUCUAUAUAAAAUAUGUUCAUAAUAAUAUAAUGAGUAUUUUCCAAGUGGAUCUCUAACAUUCACACAUUAAUCACUGUGGUGGACCUUUCAUCUCUUCUGUCAUAUCUGUCUUAAUAAAUAACUGUAUCCCUCCUAAAAAUAACAAAGCUGCAUUAUAUUUUCUUAAAAUUCCGUUCCUCCGUUAUUCCUCCUCCUAGAAAUUUAGAUUUAUAUUGACCACUUGACAUUACCAUUCCUCUUGUUAAUGGGCUGUAUCCAUUCAAUCUGUCCAGUCAGUGUUGAGAACACUCCUCAUUGACAAGGGGGAUGAAUGCCCAGCCCUUAAAGGGGUUGUCAAAGUAAUUUUUUAUUGAUGACCUAUCCUCGGGAUAGGUCAUCAAUAUCAGAUCGGUACAGG